AUGAAAUUAAAUUAUUUAAUUUCUAUAUUAUUAUUUUUAAUAAUAAAUUAUUCAUCAUUUGUAAGUAGUAUAAACAUUUUUAAAGAUAUCAAUAUAAUCUAUGAUCAUUUAAAGGAUGACAUAAAAGAGAUUAUUGUUGAUGCAACUACAACAGUGAAUCAUGUAGAAUACUUUAUUGAUAUAGUGAAUAGCAAUGGAUACCCAUGUGAGCAUCAUUCAGUUAUAACAGAAGAUGGUUAUAUAUUGGGUGUAUUUAGAAUUCCAUAUUCUUAUAACAAUAAUCAAAAUCUUAAUAAUAAAACUAGACAACCAAUUCUAUUGCAACAUGGUUUAUUAGACUCAUCGAUAACAUGGAUAGUUAAUAAUGCAAAUCAAUCACUACCAUUCAUAUUAUCAGAUAUGGGAUACGAUGUAUGGAUGGGUAAUAACCGUGGUAAUACAUUUAGUAUCAAUCAUACUAGAUUGGAUGUAAAGAGUAGAGAAUUUUGGGAAUUCUCAUUCGAUGAUAUGGGUUGGUACGAUCUACCAUCAAUGGUUGAUUAUAUCAUUCAAGUUAGUGGUGUCGAUGAAAUUGGUUAUGUGGGUCAUAGUGAAGGUACAAUGCAAGCCUGGAUAUCCUAUUCAGAGAUCAAAGGUUUCGAUAAGAAAGUGCCAAUUUACAUGGGACUUGGUCCGGUUGGUAAUGUCUCCCACAUUACAAAUGUUGCAUUAAAGACAAUGGCCACCUUUAGAAUUGAUGAUCUCUUUAGAAUUUUCGGAACCAAACAAUUCUUACCAUCUCCAAAAUUAUUACGUGGAAUUUUCAUUAGUUUCUGUAUUGAUUGCCCUUUAUGUUGUGAAGAUGUAGUAGAAUGGUUAUGUGGUCCACAUAAAGGUGCCUUCAAUCAAUCAAGAAUGCCAUUUGUAAGUGGUAAUGAACCUGGUGGUACUUCACUUAGAAAUAUGGUCCAUUUCACUCAAUUAGUAAAUUCAAAACAAUUUCAACAUUAUGAUUAUGGAGUUAUUGGUAAUUUAUUACAUUAUGGUCAUGAAAAACCACCAUUAAUUAAUGUUGAAAAUAUACCACCAACUGUAAAGAUUGCAUUAUUCUCUGGUACAAAGGAUGAAUUGGCAGACACAAUAGAUGUAAAGCAAUUAGUAUCACUCUUACCUCCUGAAACAAUACUCUCUUGGGACAUAAUUGAAAAUUAUGCUCAUUUAGAUUUUGUUUGGGCAAUAGAUGCUAAUAUUUUAGUUUAUCCAAAAAUUUUAAAUUUUUUCAAUAAUUUCUUUAAUCAAUCAAAAUCAUAA